AUGGUUAAGACUACAUACGCUCUUACCCUUUGUGCCGCUGUGGCAUUGGCUGCGCCUCUGCCUCCGAGCGAGAGUGAUGCAGGAACUGAUAUGGUUCAUAUGCGCCGUGAUGGCAGCGGUAACUUCAUCGGUGCUGGUACAGCUGGCGGCGAAGUGAACGAUAUGAUUGCUUCGCUGCUGAAUCCCAAGCUGAGCUCCAGAGAUAACGAGCCGGCUGAUAGCAAGAAGCCUGCCGGCGACGAGAAGCCCGCUGGCGAUGACAAGCCUACUGGUGAUGACAAGGAUGGUAAAGAUGGUAAGGAUGGCAAGGAUGCGAAGGGCAAGAAGAAGAAGCCCGAGCCGCCUCAACACCAUAUCAUCAACAGUCUUCCGAUCGUUGGCCAGCUCCUGGGUGGUGUGCCGAAGCGAAGCGUUGACCAUACUCCUCGCUCGUUGACCGGUGAUCUCAGCAAUUUCCCUCUCCUGGGAAAGCUGUUUGGUGGGAACCAAGCUCAUCCAGCCAAUACCGGUAAGAAGCACACCCGAUCUGUUGAUGGAUAUCCUUUGUAUGGUGGCCAAAACUGGGGCCAGAACGAGGGUCAAAACCAUGGCCAGAACGAGGGCCAGAACUAUGGUCAAAACCGUGGCCAGAACUACGGCCAGAACGAGGGUCAGAACGAGGGUCAGAACGAGGGUCAGAACGAGGGUCAGAAUGAGGGUCAGAAUUGGCUCCAGAACUAUGGCCAGAACGAAGGACAAAAUGAGGGUCAGAAUGAAGGACAAAACUACGCUCAAAACCACCGUCGAAAGGACGACGGUGGCUUUGGUGAUGACGCGGAACGACCCACAACCCAGAAUGACCGCCGCAGUGAGAAUGCCGAUGAUAUGAAGCUCGGUAGUAUCGGUGACGCCGUCACCGGUGCCGUGACUAGCGGCCUUGGUGCUGCUGACAGCUUCCGUCGCAGCGAGAAUGCCCACGGCGAGCCCGAUGCUUUCGACAGUGUUACCGACGCUGCUGAUGCUGCUGAUGGCAUCCUCAUGGUAUGCGAGUCCUCCUCGUCUACCAAGAGCCCCAGCGACCCCUUCCAUCUGAUGAAGGAACUCGCCAAAGAAGCUGGCCUCGGCGCGCUGGUUGGUAACGCCCACCACGGCGUUGGUAUUCUCCCGCUGAACUCGCGUGAGGUUCACGAGCACCAGACACGUGAUACUUCUCCUAUUCAAGGGUCUUCUCUCCCCGAUGUCAUCCUCGAGAGUGGUGUCGUUGGGAAGGUCACCCACUUCCUUUCUAACCCCAUUGGUGGCAAGCCCGGUGCUGAUGCCCCCGCUGCUGGUGCUGCCGGUGCUGCCCCUGCGGCCGAUGGUAAGGCUAGUGCCCCCGCUAGUGCUGGUGCCCCUGCUGGCGCUGGUGGUGCUGGCGCCCCCAAGGCUGGCGGCCCUACUCCUCCCCAAGCAGUCAGGAAGUAG